UCCCCGCUCAUCGACACAAUCCCGUCUCCUCCUGCGUCCCAUCGCCAUGUCCAAGUUCGUCCUUCUGCUCGCCCUCGCGGCAACCGCCGUCUACGCUGCGCCCUCCUCCAAGAUUGAGGCUCGUCUCGCGGCCACGCUCGCCUUCUCGUCGUCAACGGCAAACGUUCUCGUCUCCUUCCCAGGAACGACAGGCCCAGUCCUUGCCCGAUUUGAGAAGACCACUUUCGCCACCCGAGGUGCCCGAGCGACCGCUAUUGCCGACGCCCUUCGCGCCAACUCGGUCCAAGCUCAAUCCGAGGCUCGCGCCCUGCUCGACUCUGCCUCCAUUUCGUACGAAGUCUUCUGGAUCACGAACCAGAUCUACAUUCGCAACGCGGAUGCCGCCCUCGUCUCGAAAUUAGCCGGUCUUCAAUCCGUGGCUGAGAUCUCGCAAGAGUUCGAAGUCUCCGUCAUCCCUCAUCACAUUGAAGGACAAACCGCCCGAAAGGCUGGUAUCUUAGCCGAAUGGGGAGUUGAGAAUAUCGAGGCCCCCGCGGCCUGGGCUCUUCCCGGUGGAAAUAACGGCGCUGGCGCGAUCGUUGCCGGUAUCGAUACUGGAGUCCACGCCACGCAUAUCGAUCUUGCGGACAAUUUCGUUGGAACAAAUUACGGAUGGAGGGACGUUACCCUUUUCGGAACGCAGACCCCCAGAGACGACAAUGGUCACGGGACUCACACCAUGGGCACCAUCGUCGGCGCUAACGGAAUCGGUGUCGCGCCAGGAGCGAGAUGGAUCGCUUGCAAGGCUUUGAGCGCACAAGGAUCCGGAACCAAUGCUGGACUUAUCAGUUGCGGACAAUGGGUGGCGUGCCCAACUCUGCCAAACGGUCAGAGCCCAGAUUGUACCAAGAUUCCUCAUGUCGUUUCCAACUCUUGGGGAGGCGGUCAAGCUAACCCGUUCUACAAUGAGGUUAUCAACACGUGGCACUCGAUGAACAUUGUCCCAAUCUUUGCCAACGGAAACUCCGGUCCAGCAUGCACCACGGCUAACUCACCUGCUGACAGUUUGGCUGGCGUUAUUGGAGUGGGCGCUACGACUGAUACCAACGGAUUGGCAUCUUUCUCCUCAAAGGGACCAACCAUUGGAGGCCGACCCAAGCCAGAUAUCUCAGCUCCUGGCCAGAACAUCCGCUCAGCGUGGCACACCCCAGGCACCAACGCUUACAACACCAUUUCUGGAACGUCCAUGGCUGCUCCUCACGUCGCUGGAGUUGCUGCCCUUCUCAAGGCCCACAACUCAGACCUCACUUGGGAGCAGAUUAACGCCAACAUGAACAGCAAUGCCAACACGCAAAACGUCGUUCCCACCGGACAAAACUGCGGAGGAGUUGACGAGAGCAUCUUCCCCAACAUGGCGUUCGGAAGUGGAAUCGUCAACGCGAGGGCUUCCCUUGCUGCCGCUAUUGCUGGAAAAUAGAUAUUAAUUACUCAUGAUUUGGAACAUGACCAGUCACUACUAAAUUAUAAUGCAAUUGGAGAAUAAAUCAAAAACACUUUCUCACUCCGAUAAUUUAA